ACUACAAGAGCUGCUUCACGCUGCAAUAUGAGACUUUCACUCACGUUUCGGGACAGUUAACAGAACUGUCAGUUCAACUGUUGCAUCGUCACUUACUCAAGUGCUCCAAAGGCUUUCUGUGCGCUCACGGUGAAGUCCAAAGCACGUUGUGCAGUAGGACAGAAAUGGCAGCUUUCACGGGACGACGGCGAAGAGGCAGUGAGGGCAGAAGAAAAGCCAAAAAGAAAAAACACUCCAGCAGUAAGAACAAAUCUGAGAAGAGCCUGAGGACACAACUGACAUUCUACCUCCACUGGUGCCUGUUUUUUUUCCUGCUGCUUGACCUGCCUGGUGCUUCUUCUCUAACUGUGACGGGACAAAAGGGCGGCAAUAUUACUCUGCCAUGUAAUUCCAGCAACAGAGAGGAUUUAUACAUGGUUCUGACUUUUGGGUCCAAAACUGCUUAUGGUACUGGUCAGAGUAAAUAUUAUGAGCACCGUGUGCACAAGAGUGGCAACUGUAACCUCAUUCUGCAAGACUUGAAGACCACUGAUGCUGGAAAAUAUAACUUUAAAGUUUAUGCCAGCGGUCAACUACUAGGAAGCUACAUUUUUGACAUCUGUGUUAAUGUUCAUGUAACAGCACGGGUCGGUGAAGAAGUGAUGUUUGAUGAUCUGCCGCGUGAUGCUGAGAGCGUUGAGUGUUUAACAAACACCAGCUCGAUAGAUGUGUGGAGGAGAGAGCAGGGUGUCCUGACUGAUCGACUGACUGACAGUGAUGGUCACCUGAUCAUUAAAAACUUCAGAUCAAGUGACGCUGGAACAUACAGAGUACUGGACUCAACAGGAGGAGUCCUGGUCACCGUGACGCUCACAGAAUGGGGUACAGAAUCAAAGGACAAACAGGACAGCACACGUGAUGACAAAACUGAAAGCACUAAAAGAGUUUAUGUCUGUAUUGCGGUGCUGGUUCUGCUGGCUCUGAUUGCGUUUACUCUCUUCAUGAUCCAUCGAUGUCUGAACAGGAACAAGGCACAAGAAGUGCCAAUGCAAGAAACUGCACAGGGGCCCGGAUCACCAAACAACAGCAGUGGUCACUUGGUAGUUUGCUUUCAGUGCCAACAGAUCUGCGGAGGAUCCUGUCAACAUAUCAUUCCUGACUGUAUCAGUUGAUUAUUUUGGAUUUGCCGUGAACCAGAGGUCACCAAAUGAACACUACCUACAUAGGAUAAAGGUGAUUCCCCACUGAGCCAGCGAAAGGCCCUAAAAUCUAAUCAGCUGUGCCUUCACAUCUGAUCCAACCAUCUCCCCUCAUCUGCUUAUUCUCAGCUGGGGCUAAGAGAAAAUCCCCCACUCACCUAAACAUUUCAAGACAUCUUCCUUUGACCUAGUCCAACUGAUUCUUAUGGCUUGAAUAUGCAACCCUUUUUAAGGUGAUACCAAUAAGCUGUGAAAAGUAUCAUCAGCAUCUGAUGUGUGUUAUAUGCAGUGGUGGAGGUAACGAAUUACAACUUCUCACGGUACUGUAAUUAAGUAGUUUUUUCGGGUAAUUGUACUUUUUGAGUACAUUUUUAAAGCUGUAGUUGUACUUAAGUACAAAUUAAGCAAAAUAAUCUACUUUGUUACUUUUAAAUCAUAGUUCGUUACUGAGUACGCCCACAAUUUCAUUUGAUAUUCAAACUUUUGACGUCACUUCAGUAGUCGAUAAAAUUAUCAGAUUGUAAAGGGACCAAUAAAAGCGCUGAUAUCUGAACCGGUGUAUUGCAAGGGGAAAAAACGAAAUAUGUGUACUGUAGAUAUUGCUAAACUAACUACAUUAACUAUAGGCUGUAUAUGCACUAAAAAAAAAAAAAACUUUAACGAGCAGCCUAGAAUAUCUUGCACUUUCACAACAUUUAAUUUAAUUUAAUAAUAAUAAUAAUAAUAAACUCUGUUCUCUUCCUCUGUAUCAUUGUUUCUACACUGGUGAUUUUUUUUCAACUAACUUUAUUUAUACCAAACAUGGCAAUAAUCAUAUCUAGAACAUUAAAUUAUUGUUUUGAGGAAAGUAUUAAGACCAGUUCAGACAGAUUCGUGGAAGUAGCCUAUCUUAUAAGCUGAAUAAAAAGCUGAAACGUAAACACAAUAAACUCAAGACUGCAGCAAUA